ACGUAGCGGGAGAGACAGAUAGAUAGAGCAAGAUAGGAACGACCAACCGAUAGAGCGACGUCUGUUCCGUUAGUAGUGUACGAGUGCGUGCGAGCGACGUGUGCGCUGCUGCUGCUGCUUGUCCGUUGUCGUCACUGUCGCCGCCGUCGUCAUCAGUGUAGUGCGGUUCAGUUUGGUUCGCGAGAGUGUAGACAAGUUGUGACUCCGCGGCAACGGAAUCGUCAUCGUCCAACCGACAGCCGUCGUGGUGCGAACGAUCCCGCGCCCUCGAGGAUCAAUAAACUCGGAGACCAAAGCUCCAAAAAAUCAGCUUACCAACAAAUCCAACCACGAGAAUGGCGGGCAACGCUGUCCCAGUCCUCCUCAUCACCGCGAACGUCGGCAGCAUCUUCGAAGAGCCUAGUGUCAUGCUGAAAAUAUGGACGGAAGAGUUUUUAUCCACCAUAUCGAGGCUGGAUCCGAAAUUUAUAGCGCUGCACUGCCAAGAAGUAGGUGGAAAGAAUUACGAGCAGAGUAUGAGGCACGUGGAGGACUUUGUUAGAUUACUUAUGUCGUCGGAAGAAUUAAGGUUGUUUGACAAAAUUAGGGUAUUUCUUGACGAGGAUUAUUCAUCCGCUGAACAUUUCACAGCUCUAGGAAAUUUCUACUUCGUGCACGAAUCCUUAAACGAUGUUUUAUUAUGGGAUUUUAAUGAAUUAUCUUUUAUACCUGUAAAUGGGAAAGAUGUCCACUCGGGCAACAUAGAAGCAGUUAGUACCAAAGAGAAAGCUAAGUUUCCUCAAGAAUUUUUUCCAGAAUGCAAAUGGUCCAGAAAGGGUUUUCUACGUACUCGAUGGAGUAUUAGUGGAACAGUUUUUGAUCUCAUAAACAUACACUUAUUUCAUGACGCAAGCAAUUUUAUUGCUAUGGAGACGUUUCCAUCAGUAUAUAGUAAAACGCGCAGAAGAGCGCUUGAGCACACAUUAGAUAAAUUUCAUAAUGACAAAUAUCCGAAUGUGCCGUAUUUUUUAUUUGGUGAUUUUAAUUUUAGGACAGACACAGCAAGUGUGAUAAAG